UCUAGUCCCAGGAAGCAAAACACGCUUGGAACCCGAGUGAUGCGGAAUGAGGCAUGUAGUGGCACACUCGCGUUGACUUAGGAACUCAUGCGUUUGGCAUUUAGUGAAGUUAUUUAGAAUUGUUUGUCGCGAAAACGAAACAUUUUGGAGCUACCGCUGGGAGUCACGUUCUUCCGAGCUUUAAACUCUCCUGGAGGCUGAGGGCUAACUUCAAGCGGCUCCGCUCAACGUAUUUACCGGCUACGUCAGCCACUCGCGGGUGGUGUCUAUUUGCUGGGCGUGUGUUAGCAAGCUUGAGCUAAGACACUUGUUUUUGCGCGUAAAUCCUCAUGAAGGUAACUACAGAGACCAUAUGAAGUACAUUCUCGGUUACGAACUGGUGGAUAGCUUACUUUUAAAGCAGUAGUUGCCAUUUAGUAGAGUUAGAGCGGACUUUGGCGUGAGUUCAUUUGAACCUCGGUGAAGUAGAAGGGGGCAGGGAUUUAGUGCUGGAGAGUUCCACAGCCAGGAGUGUUUGGACCCGACUAAUCAAGGAGGGUGAAUCAAUAAGUGUCCACCGCAGCAAGUAAACAAGGUGAAAGUGAAACUAAAAAGGCUCACUCUAUCAAGGCAGCCAAGCGAUGCGUUCAGGUCUACCCGACUCUGCCCCAUGACCAUUACCAUUUAUAAAGUGUUUUAAAAAGAUAAAGAGAGGCGAUCCAUUUGCGAGGACUAGAUGCGAACGAUUCACACCAGAGUGAAUCAUGCCCUUGCCCUUCGGCUUGAAGCUCAAGCGCACGAGAAGGUACACAGUUUCCAGCAAGAGUUGCCUGGUCACUCGCAUCCAACAACUCAAUGGCGAGUUUGUGGAAUUCACACUGUCAGUGGAGAGCACGGGCCAGGAAUGUUUGGAGGCAGUGGCCCAGAGACUUGAGUUGAGAGAGAUAACAUUCUUCAGUCUAUGGUACCAGAACAAGCAGAACCAGCAGCGGUGGAUCGACCUAGAAAAGCCGCUGAAGAAGCAACUAGACAAAUAUGGUGUGGAACCCACGGUCUACUUUGGAGUGGUGUUCUACAUCCCCAGUGUUACGCAGCUGCAGCAGGAGAUCACGAGAUAUCAGUAUUAUCUACAGUUGAAGAAGGAUGUGCUGGAGGGCCGCAUCUCAUGCACUUUGGAACAAGCCAUCCGCCUGGCCAGCCUUGCUGUGCAAGCUGACUUUGGAGACUUCAAUCGCUACGAUUCCCAGGAGUUUCUUCAGAAGUUUGCGCUGUUUCCUAUUGACUGGAUCCAGGAUGAGCGGGUGUUGGAGGAGGCCACUCAGAAAGUGGCCCUUCUGUAUCAGUCUUACAGGGGUUUGUCAUCCCCAGAGGCCGAAAUGUUGUACAUGCAAGAGGUGGAGAAAAUGGAGGGUUAUGGCCAGGAGAGCUACCAGGCAAAGGACAACACGGGCACGGAUGUGAUGCUGGGUUCCUGCCUUGAUGGGAUCUUUGUCAAACACAAAAACGGAAGACCUCUUCAUUUAUUUAGGUGGAAUGAAAUUAACAACAUGAGUCACAACAGGUCUUUCUUUGCCUUGGAGUUGCUCAACAGAGAGGAGAGUGUCCAGUUCCAGACCGAAGACAUGGAAACUUCCAAAUACGUAUGUCGCAUGUGUCUGGCCAGACUCAAGUUUUAUAAGAUCAACAAGAGCAGCCUGGAGGAGUAUGACCCCAUGCCUCCUGAGGGCUCCCAGAAGUCCCUUCUCACUCUAGCCUUUCCUCGUUUUCCAAUGCUCUCCCGUCCCUCUCUGCCUUCCAGUAAGGGGCAAACGCAGCCCACAGUCAUCAACCCGGUCAGGCGUAGAUCGUCAACAAGAUUGUCCCUUCAGCCAAAGCCUCAGGGCUACAUGAUGCCCCCGCCACAAAUGCACUACAACGGUCACUUCACAGAGCCUUACACCUCAUCACAAGAUAACCUGUAUAUGAACAGCCAGAAUGGUUACUACUACCACUCCCAGACCAGCCUAGACUGCCCUCCUAUAGAAUACAGCGGUGGUGGGCGUUUGCGCAACGGCAGCGUUUACAGCGCCCACAGCACAAGCUCCCUGACCAACCCUCAGCACUAUCUCCAGCCUUCGCCCAUGUCUUCCAACCCCUCCAUCACUAGUGACAUUACCCGGCCUGACUAUGUGCCCUCGCAUCGCCAUAGUGCCCUCAUACCGCCUUCUUACCGCGCCACUCCCGACUACGAAACAGUAAUGCGACAGAAGAACCGGGGAGGCGGGGGGAUGCUUUUGUCCCAGGAGCACCGGCAAAGCCACUCCAUGAGAAACCUUAACAUUGGAAAUUCGUACGCUUACAGCAGGCCGGACCCUCUUGUCUACAGUCAGCCCGAGAUCAGAGGAGAGCAUGGCGCCGCCGCCCAGCAGCACCAGCAUUAUCCCUUCCACAUGGGAUCAAGCUUCCACAGCCCGUCGCCGUAUCACAGAUACCCCAUUGAGCGGAGAUCUGUGGUGGGAGCGGUCAGUGUCCCUGAGCUCACUAAUGUCCAGCUACAGCAAGACCAAGAGUAUCCCGCACCCAACAUCAUGAGGACGCAGGUGUACAGACCGCCUCCGCCGUACCCAUACGCUCACCCUCGGCCCGCCAACAGUACACCAGAUCUGUCACGCCACCUCUAUGUCAGCAGCAGCAACCCAGACCUGAUCAUCACGCGCAGGGUUCACCACUCGGUCCAAACUUUCCAGGAGGACAGCUUGCCUGUGGCUCACUCCCUGCAAGAAGUGUCCGAACCUCUUUUGAGCGGACCCAUGCAGAGGCCACCUUACCACGGCCAGAAACGCAACUCCAUUGAGAUUGCUGGACUUGCACAUAACCUCGAGGGGAUGCGGCUGAAAGAGCGGCACGUGUCCUCUUCAGCGGCCGAAGUUGUCAUGCCUCCUCAGGCCCCUCGCGGAGGUCGCUCGCAGGGUUCCCAGCUCAAUGUAUUUUUGGAGCGUGCAAAGACGGACGACAGGGGGGACACUAAGGUAGAUGUGCAGUAUGGACACAAGAAAUCCCUCUCCGACGCAACCAUGCUGGUGCACAGCAGUGGCGAUGAGGACGACUUUGAGGAUGACGCAGGGCGCCACACACCGCUCUCUCAUGACGCGAUAGCUGCCACCAUCCCAGAGGAGCCGCCGCAACAAGCCUUCACAGGUCCUCAGCAUCAGACUCCUCUAGAACCCCCCCCUGCUUAUCCCAUUGGCUCGUCUCUGGACCCCUCGCUAACUGCCGCCCUCACCUACAAGGUUCAUCCCCUGAUCCAUGAUUCUGAACCUCUCUACUUGCGCGAGGUGCGGCAAGCAAGAAUUAUGCCUUCGGUGUCAGAGGGAGACCUAACCGGCGAGGCCAAGCACAAAUCCAAGAAGGAUUUCAAGAAGAGGCCUGUGUCUGAUGUGCCUCAGGCGAAGAAGACCAUCGAAGGUUUACCACCGGCGGGCAUGAAGAAGAGCGUGCGGUCGGACGGGAGGAAGAUGGGGUCUUUGAAAGUGGCGCAUCUCAACGGCCUGUCGAUCUCCAGACACCCGGUGCGGAGCGAAGUCAAGGACGAGCCUGAACAAGACUCCAAUGACGAGAGGUGCAAAUUACUGGAGCAUCACAUGGAGAUGGGUGAGCUGCUGAAGGAGUACGAGAGCAUCCCCAAGUGUUAUCCGGGGGCCGAGUGCACCGUCGCCCAGAUGGCAGAGAGCGCAGACAAAAACCGCUUCCAGGAUGUACUGCCCUACGAUGACACUCGUGUGGAAUUGGUGCCGACCAAAGAGAACAACACAGGCUACAUCAACGCGUCACACAUUAAAAUCGACGUAGGAGGACACGAGUGGAACUACAUUGCCAGCCAGGGGCCUCUUUCCAACACAUGCCAGGAUUUCUGGCAGAUGGUGUGGGAGCAAGGUGUCGCCAUUAUCGCCAUGGUCACUGCGGAGGAGGAGAGCGGGCGAGAGAAGAGCUUCCGCUACUGGCCUCGUCUGGGCUCGCGGCACAACACUGUGACAUAUGGCCGCUUCAAGAUCACCACGCGCUUCCGCACCGAGUCGGGCUGCUACGCCACGACAGGCCUGAAGAUCAAACACCUAGUUACGGGCCAUGAAAGGACCGUGUGGCACUUGCAGUACACAGACUGGCCGGACCACGGCUGCCCUGAAGAUUUUAAAGGCUUCCUAACUUACCUGGAGGAGAUACAGUCGGUACGAAGGCACACCAACAGUAUCAGUGACCCGAAGAACAGCAAUCUGCCUGUACUGGUGCACUGUAGCGCCGGAGUGGGCCGCAGCGGUGUGGUCAUCCUGUCUGAGAUCAUGAUCGCUUGCCUGGAGCACAAUGAGAUGACGGACAUUAAGGCCGUGCUGAUGAAGCUACGCCAGCAGAGGAUGAUGAUGGUGCAGACCUUAUCCCAGUACAGCUUCAUCUACAAGGUGCUAGUUCAGUACCUCCGAAACUCCCGCCUUAUCUGAGCACCUCAAAAUCGGAUGUGUGCUACAACACGGCUGAUCCAUAACUCUCCUAAUCAGUAUUAUAUUGUUUUUAUACAUUGCUGGAUAAAGCACUUUCAACAGAACUGUGCAGUACCACCUAACUGCGUCAAAACUAUUAUAGCCAAGGUGUCUUAUGGACAAAUGAAGGAUAAAACAGAAGCAAGAAAUCUUGUUUGUUUCAAACUUAAGGGUUUUUUUUUUAAUUAAACAUUUGACUAAGUGCCUGCAGACUGUUUUUUUUUAGGAUGAAGGAAAGUUUGAUUGCAGUGAAACAGCUCGCGCGUGUGCUGAAUUACCACAGGGUCAGUCACCAGCGUACAUGCACGCACAAAUUGGAGAUUUUUUUUUCUGAUCCAAAAAAACAGUGCAAAAGAAAAAAGUCUGUUUUGUAAAUGUUCAGGUGUUAAUGUAAUGUAUACAUUUUCUGAGUGAUCUGUACAAACUGUAUAAAGUCAUUAUGAUGCAAAAACUAAGUUGUGUGUCUUUGAAAUAUAGUUGAACAACCGCAUCUUAAAUGUGAUUACAAAAAACAUCUGGAAAUGUCCAAGAAGUGAGGCCUUUUAUUUACACACCUAUGGCAAGGCAAACAAAACAAAAUCAAACCAAUAAGGCAAUCACAACAUUGUGCCACGUCACAGUCUACUAAAACGCUAAACAGUCACCACAUAAUAAAUCAUUAGCAAUGUGAAGGUUUCUAUGGAUGCUUCUGUUUUGGUUAGCAACAGAAGUCUAUUUGUACUUGUGCAGUUAUAAGUGCUAAUUCAGGUAGAUUUCUUUGUAUAUACAGUGGUACCUCUACAUACGAAGUUAAUUCGUUCCAGGACCUUGUUUGUAAGUCGAAAUGGUCCUAUGUCGAGCAGGAUUUUCCCAUAAUAAUACAUUAUAAUUCCAUUAAUUUGUUCCACAGCCCGAAAACCUACACUAAAUCCUUAAUAAAUACUGCUGGUACUAUUACAAAUGGCAGUUACACAUAGCAAAACUAAUAAAUUAUAAAUCAAUACCGUAAUUUCCCGAAUAUAACACACUUUUUUUCCUCCAAAAUCAACUUGUAAAAUCAUGGUCCCCAUUAUACACGGGUACAGGGA